CAUCAGUUUGUCGAUGGCACAGCGCGCAACUGGACGUACAUUCGCAUCUUGGCAAUGGCAUCAGCUCACUGGCCAAGCGACUGACUCGCGUUUGCCACUUCUGCCCAUUUUGGCCCUGUGUGUGUGUGUGUGUAGGCCCAAUCAGUAUCAGUAAUCAGUGUCCGUGUGCGGCGUUGGAUGGUGGUGCCUGUGUGUGUGUUUGUGUUGGCCAACUUUAAACGCUCUUAUCAGCGCGCGUGUGAAGCAUGAGCUUGGUGCUAACAAAGUUUUGGCGGCAUUUUCAAUUAAUGCCAAUGCCAGCAAAAGCAGCGAAAAAUUCACAAAAAAUACCAGAGAAUAGAGAAAAAUUGAUUUCAGCGCGAUAAAAAAAAAACUUUUAAAUAUACAAUGCAGACACCAGAAGGCAAUCGGAUGUGAAAUUUACUUCAAGGAUAUGAAAAUAGCCAUCAAAUGGGCCAUAAACACACGACAGCAAACGGAAGAGCUUAAAUAAACCAAAAUGAGUACAAAACAUCAGUAGCAACAAAGCCAAGUCGGCAACAAUCAACAUAACAAAAGCAACACUGCCACACAGAGAAAUCUAAAGAAAACAUAAAAAAAGAGCACAAAUAAGAGGAAGUCGGAAAGAAAAGUGAAAGCCAAAAGCCGAAAUUGUAAACGCUCCAUGUAAACACUUGAAAGCUCGUUAGGAUAAUACAUCCUGCCCGGCACCGAGCACACGCUGGAACAAAAAAAGGACCACCGAGGAGAAAGUGGGGAAAGUACGGCAAAUAGGGAAAGCAGGGAAAGCCGGGAAAGUAGGGAAAGUGUCACCAUGUCCCGUCCCGCGUGUCUGAGUGGCCGCCAGUUGAAACAACGGCACCAUCGCAAAUGCCCACCCACCCACACAGACACACACAUGCGUCAGGAGGCCAUUGCCAUUGCUGUUGCCGUUACCGUUACCGUUACCGUUCCCGUUGCAUAGUCGCGCUUCCGUUUCCGUCUACUCCUCAUUUCCGCUGCGGCUGCAAUUAAGCGAAGCGAAGCAUCCAAAAAAACACACCGAGUAUCCACAAAAUGGCGCACGAGACCAGCUUUAAUGAUGCGCUUGACUACAUUUACAUAGCGAACAGCAUGAAUGACAGGGCCUUUCUGAUAGCCGAACCGCAUCCCGAACAGCCGAAUGUAGAUGGUCAGGACCAGGACGACGCGGAGCUGGAGGAACUGGACGACAUGGCGGUCACGGACGAUGGACAGCUGGAGGAUACCAAUAACAACAACAACAGCAAGCGCUACUACAGCUCCGGUAAAAGACGAGCGGAUUUCAUAGGCUCCCUGGCGCUGAAGCCACCGCCCACCGAUGUGAACACCACCACCACCACCGCCGGCUCACCACUGGCCACCGCCGCUUUGGCAGCGGCAGCCGCCAGUGCCUCGGUGGCGGCAGCGGCUGCCAGGAUCACCGCCAAGGCGGCACACAGGGCACUGACCACCAAGCAGGAUGCCACAUCCUCGCCAGCAUCCUCUCCAGCCCUCCAACUGAUCGACAUGGACAAUAACUACACGAAUGUCGCAGUCGGACUGGGUGCCAUGCUGCUAAAUGACACGCUCCUCCUCGAAGGCAACGAUUCCAGUUUGUUCGGCGAGAUGCUUGCCAACCGGAGUGGCCAACUGGAUCUGAUCAACGGCACUGGCGGCCUCAAUGUGACCACCAGCAAAGUGGCCGAGGACGACUUUACGCAGCUGCUGCGAAUGGCCGUCACAUCGGUGCUGCUCGGUCUAAUGAUACUGGUCACCAUAAUUGGCAAUGUCUUUGUCAUAGCGGCCAUUAUCCUGGAGCGGAAUCUACAAAACGUGGCCAACUACCUGGUGGCCUCAUUGGCAGUGGCCGAUCUCUUCGUGGCCUGCCUAGUAAUGCCCCUAGGAGCUGUAUACGAGAUCAGCCAAGGCUGGAUACUUGGUCCGGAAUUGUGCGAUAUCUGGACGUCGUGCGAUGUCCUCUGCUGCACUGCCUCGAUUUUGCAUCUGGUGGCCAUUGCCGUCGAUCGUUACUGGGCGGUCACCAAUAUAGAUUACAUCCACUCGCGGACCAGCAAUCGUGUCUUUAUGAUGAUCUUUUGCGUUUGGACGGCGGCGGUGAUUGUGUCCUUGGCACCACAGUUCGGUUGGAAGGAUCCAGACUAUCUGCAGCGUAUCGAGCAGCAAAAGUGCAUGGUCUCGCAGGAUGUUUCUUAUCAGGUAUUUGCCACCUGUUGCACAUUUUACGUGCCACUGCUGGUCAUCCUGGCGUUGUACUGGAAAAUCUAUCAAACGGCCCGCAAACGCAUCCAUCGUCGACGACCGCGACCCGUCGAUGCGGCGGUCAAUAAUAAUCAGCCGGACGGAGGUGCGGCAACAGAUACGAAACUUCAUCGACUGCGUCUACGCCUCGGCAGAUUCUCCACGGCCAAAUCCAAAACCGGAAGUGCCGUGGGCGUCUCAGGACCCGCAUCCGGAGGCAGGGCUCUGGGCCUCGUCGAUGGCAACUCAACGAACACGGUCAACACCGUCGAGGACACCGAGUUCAGCAGCUCGAAUGUGGACAGCAAAAGUCGGGCAGGCGUCGAGGCACCCAGCACUUCUGGCAACCAGAUAGCCACCGUAUCGCACCUGGUUGCGCUGGCCAAGCAGCAGGGCAAGUCCACCGCCAAAUCCUCAGCCGCUGUCAACGGAAUGGCCCCAUCGGGCAGGCAAGAGGACGAUGGCCAGCGACCAGAACACGGGGAGCAGGAGGAUCGCGAGGAGCUAGAGGACCAGGACGAGCAGGUUGGCCCGCAGCCCACAACCGCAACAUCAGCAAUGACAGCGGCAGGCACCAACGAGUCGGAGGACCAAUGCAAGGCCAACGGGGUGGAGGUCCUGGAGGAUCCGCAGUUGCAACAGCAGCUCGAACAAGUGCAGCAGCUGCAGAAAUCGGUUAAAUCCGGCGGUGGAGGUGGGGCCAGUACGUCAAAUGCCACCACAAUUACGUCGAUAUCAGCGCUAUCGCCACAAACGCCAACAUCGCAGGGAGUUGGAAUCGCCGCCGCCGCCGCUGGACCGAUGACGGCCAAAACCAGCACGCUGACGAGCUGCAACCAGUCGCAUCCGCUAUGCGGCACCGCCAACGAAUCCCCAUCGACACCAGAGCCACGUAGCCGACAACCGACGACCCCGCAGCAGCAGCCGCAUCAGCAGGCGCACCAGCAGCAGCAGCAGCAGCAGCAACUCUCCAGCAUCGCCAAUCCGAUGCAGAAGGUGAACAAGCGAAAGGAGACCCUGGAGGCCAAAAGGGAACGGAAGGCGGCCAAGACGCUGGCCAUCAUUACCGGCGCCUUCGUCGUCUGCUGGCUGCCCUUCUUCGUCAUGGCACUGACCAUGCCGCUCUGUGCCGCCUGCCAGAUCAGCGAUUCCGUUGCCUCGCUCUUCCUUUGGCUGGGCUACUUCAACUCCACCCUCAAUCCGGUUAUUUACACCAUCUUCAGUCCGGAGUUCCGACAGGCCUUCAAGCGCAUCCUCUUCGGCGGCCACCGACCAGUCCACUACCGCAGCGGGAAGCUCUAGAUAGUGCAUGCGAAGAGGCGAAGACGCUUCUGCUAAACCGACCAGCGGAUGUUGAUCUAACCUCUUCGGCUAUAACCAGGAUAACGAGGAUUAACGCAUCUUGUAUACCAAAGACGAUGAAAUCAAGGACGACGCAGGAUCAAGGAUGCAGUCGAGCAGUCGCAUAACCAAUAGUUGUUAAGUGUGUAAAUAGCAGAUUGAAUUGAUGUUAACCUAUGCAAAAUAUAUUGUGUUAGAUAUAGCUAAAUUUAUAGAGCCAAGUGGAGACUGUUUUUAGAAGCAAACAAAAAAAGUUGAAUUGUGAGGAGAUGCCACCAAGGAAAUACAAAAGUAUCUAAUCAAAAUAACUAGAGAUAAGCCACCACUACCGCAUAGUUGACAUAACGAGCAAUCUACUACCAAUUUCUAUGUGUUUUCCAACUUAACGUGAAUUGUAUAACUCAUAACCGUGUUAGGCGCUAGACUCUAUCUCUCUUCUCUGCUUCAGAAAAAUUGGAAAAUGGAAAAUGGAAAAAGGGAAGUGGGAAAUAGGAAAUGGGAAAUGGGAAUCAAGGCAUUGGAAUCGUUAUAACUGAAGCGAGUACUCGAUUAUGUAUAGCCCAGCUAGAGACAUUUAAUAAGCAUAUUGCAUCGUAGUGUUAAGAACAUUUGUUGAGCAUCGUACUAAACUGUAAUAUUGCAUAUAGGAUCUAUAAAAUAUCGAACCGGUGGAAGCCAGUUUAAAUUUAAUUUAAACGUAUUGUUAAAAGCCACAACUAGGUAAAUUACAUUUAAAACUGUUGUACUAUUACUAUUAUGUGUUAGAUUGGUAAUUAUGUGUCGAGGAUUUCUUUGAAUAAGCUGGCAUAUUACGUAACAUAUAAGCAAACAGUUCGAAUGACAUGUAAUAUUUGAAGAGCAAACUACUUUCGGGAAAAAUGGGUAAAACGUAAUUAGCUAAAACAAACAAAAACGUUAGAACAUACACUGCAUAAUGACAUACAUAACAUAUAUGUAUUUAUAUGUUAGUUUAGACUAGACGGGUAUCACGAUGUUUUACCUAAAUAAAACUACCAAGCGAACUAUUCGAAAACCAAAAUCAAAACUUUACGAAAACUUUAAGCCGACAUCAUUAACUAGCGACUAAGUGUUUGCAGAUCUGUCUAUCUUUAAAAACCAAUAGAAAAUAAGGCAAAUCGCCAAUGGCAGCAUACUUCGCAAUAAUUCGAAAGGACACCCACACAUAUUUCUAGCUUAAAAUUGCCAAAGGCGGUUUCUUUUAUUUAUUGUCACUUAAUUUUUUUUGUACAUUUGGUUCAAACAAAUUGGCGCGCAUUUUUUAAAGAAUUAUUGCUGGGUAUGCGUGCCGAUUUUCCGGGAAUUUCGCUAAACAAACAGCAUAAGUUAAACUAAUGAGAUUACUAUAAAAUUCAUUGGCUGCAAUUUAAAUAAAAAUUCAACUUUCAUGCAAAAAAGAAG